GUGCGUCUGCAUCCAUUCUUUCCGGCCAUCUAAGACCUCACAUCACAUCACCGCACUCACUCCUUGCAAACCCGACCGACCGUGGCCAUUGCCUAUCCCUGAUAAGGUGCGUCGCCUUCUCUCCUCGAGUACAUUCCGCCAAGGCAGUUUGAAGUUCCAAUUACCUCUACUGCUGCUGCUCCUCAAUCUUCAACUUGCCAUUAUGCCGGAGAUGAUGAUGCAAUUCGUGAAUCGGUCGCCAGUAGCUAAUAUGGAACCAGCUUAUACGCUCCUUAAUCGAUUAAUCUAUAACGACCGCGCCAACUGUAACGCAUCCAUAAACACACUUGACCGACUGUAACAUCCCCGAAAACCCCAACUAUGAGUACUAUCAACAUCCUUGUUGUGCGCGGAACCGAUGUCUCUGGAGGAUCAGACUCGGUGAUCUUCCCCUUGGUUGUCUCAAUUGUGGUCUUGGUCACUAUCGGGUUGCUUGCCAUUGCAGCUCUCAUGUUCCUCAGGUACAUGCGCAACCAACAGAGGCAGGCAGAACUACCUUUGCACGAGAAACGACAGCCGAAUGCUCGACGACUGACGAUCACAACGUCGACUUACGGCAAACGCGAAUCCCACCUUGUUAUCCAGGAAAAGCAAGAUCUUAUGGCCAACUCAUCCAGCCCUCCCGCAAGCCCCGUUCCCGAGAUUCGAAUUACCUUCCCCGACGAGGUGGAUGAUGCAGGUAAGCGACAGUCUGGAAGGGUUGUCGUUGUCCGCGUCGGAGACCACAGCGUCGGGUUGGAGCCUCUGCAGGAGGACCUUCCACCAUACCAGCGGCACUCAUCAGAUCGAUUUGACUCGCUUGAUCUCGAUCGCAUGGGCGGACUGAAAGAGAAGUGCGACAAGGACUACUAUUAAAUUGUGUCAACCCGACACACAAAACGCCUUCUUCCUAACCGCCGCCAUUGACCAGCUGCCCACCAAACCCCAGCACAAUCUUUUGUAUUAUCUUCCACGCACACUACAUAAGCCGCUUGGCUACGACCCGACUGUUUUGGUGACGACUCAUUUGUGUUCAGUCAUCCUUAUCAUAUCUUCUCUACCC